AUGCAUGUAAAGAAAAUAGUUUUCUCCUUACAUACGUUUUCUCACCAUUCUUUCUUUUUCCUUUUUUCUUUAUUUCUUUUUUCUUUUUUUUUCUUUCUUUCUUUCUUUCUUUCUUUCUUUCUUUCUUUCUUUCUUGCUAUUGUUUUAUUUUCUUUCUUUUCAUUGAUUUCAUUUUAUUGUUUUUCAAUUGAGUCAAUCAUUCUCUGUUUCUUUUUUUCAUUGAUUUUAUUUCUUUUCUUUAUUAUCUUGUUCCUUUCUAUAUAUCAAUGCUUUCUUUCUUUCUUUCUUUCUUUUUCUUUCUUUCUUUCUAUUUAUUCUACAAUUUUUUUCUUCUUCGUUUCCACCUUCAGACGGGUAUCUGUGGCAUUCCCCGGGGGGACAAGGAGCCCCUCUCCUAUCUAUCUAUCUAUCUAUCUAUCUAUCUAUCUAUCUAUCUAUCUAUCUAUCUAUCUAUCUAUCUCAGUCUGUAUCUAUCUAUCUAUCUAUCUAUCCUUCUCAGUCUGUUCAUAUCUAUCUAUCUAUAUCUAUCUAUCUAUCUAUCUAUCUAUCUCAUCUAUCUAUCUAUCUAUCCAUUUCUAUCCUUUUCAGUCUGUUCAUAUCUAUUCAUCUAUCUAUCUAUCUAUCCCUUUCAGUCUGUUCAUCUAUCUAUCUAUCUAUCUAUCUAUCUAUCUAUCUAUCUCUAUCUAUCUAUCUAUCUAUAUCUAUCUAUCUCAGUCUGUUCAUAUUCAUCAUAUCUAUCUAUCUAUCUAUCUAUCUAUCUAUCUAUCUAUCUAUCUAUCUAUCUAUCUCAGUCUGUUCAUAUCUAUCUAUCCUUCUCAGUCUGUUCAUAUCAUUAUAUCUAUCUAUCUAUCUAUCUAUCUAUCUAUCUAUCUAUCUAUCUAUCUAUCUCAUCUAUCUAUCUAUCUAUUUCAGUCUGUUCAUAUCUAUCUAUCUAUCUAUCUAUCUAUCUAUCUAUCUAUCUAUCUAUCUAUCUAUGUUCAUAUCUAUCUAUCCUUCUCAGUCUGUUCAUAUCUAUCUAUCUAUCUAUCUAUCUAUCUAUCUAUCUAUCUAUCUAUCUAUCUAUCUAUCUCUUUCUUCUGUCUGUACAUAUUUUUCGAAUAUCACUUGAAUUAG